GUCGACAGCCCCACACGUCAUGAGGUCGCUGCCACCGUCUGAAAACAUACCACCCCCGACUCUGCUCCAAGGUUUUGAUGGUGGCCCUUAGCUCGAUGGAGUCCAAACAGGUGACGGAGUGAUGGUCUAAGGACUCACAGUCACGGAGGUGCUGCUGAGUGGAAUGUUGCGCUGGUCGGUGCACCUUGAAGGAGGGCCACGGAGAGUCAACCAUGCUGCUGUGGCCGUGGGUCACAAGGUGUACACCUUCGGGGGCUACUGCUCUGGGGAGGACUAUGAGACACUGCGUCAGAUUGACGUGCAUGUUUUCAACACAGUGUCUCUACGCUGGAUGAAAUUGCCCCCAGUGAGGCCUGUGGGACAUGAGCGUGCUCGUGAAGUGCCCUAUAUGCGCUAUGGUCACACAGCAGUGCUUCUGGAUGACACCAUAUACCUGUGGGGGGGACGUAACGACACAGAGGGGGCCUGCAAUGUGCUGUAUGCUUUUGAUGUCAAUAGCCACAAAUGGUUCACACCCAAAGUUUCCGGGACAGUUCCAGGGGCAAGAGAUGGCCACUCUGCCUGUGUGAUGUUGAAAGCGAUGUAUAUAUUUGGAGGAUAUGAGCAGCUGGCUGACUGCUUCUCCAAUGACAUCCACAAACUGGACACCACCACCAUGAUAUGGUCUUUUAUUAAUGCCAGAGGUAUUCCAGCAAGCUGGCGUGACUUCCACUCAGCAACCAUUAUAGGCACAAAGAUGUUCGUUUUUGGAGGGCGGGGAGACCGUUUUGGUCCGUUCCACUCCAAUAAUGAAAUCUACUGCAAUAUGAUAGAGGUGUUUGACACACAGACCAACUGCUGGCUGAGCACUCCCUCAACACAACCAUUGCCUGAGGGACGGAGGAGUCAUUCAGCCUUUUCCUACAAGGGAGAGCUGUACAUAUUUGGAGGAUACAAUGCUCAUUUGGACCAGCACUUCAACGAUCUCUGGAAAUUCAAUCCAGAAGCCUUUUCUUGGAAGAAAGUGGAACCCAACGGGAAAGGCCCAUGUCCUCGAAGAAGACAAUGCUGCUGCAUGGUUGGAGAUCGAAUCAUCCUCUUUGGAGGAACCAGUCCCUGUCCUGAGCAAGGAAUGGGUGAUGAAUUUAACCUCAUGGAUCAUUCAGACCUUUACAUCUUAGAUUUCAGUCCAAAUUUGAAGACAUUAUGCAAAAUAGCUGUAAUUCAAUACAGUCUGGAGCAGUCGGGCCUUCCACAUGAUAUCAGGUGGGAACUGUCUGCCAUGACCACCAACAGCAACAUCAGCAGGCCCAUUUUCUCCUCACAUGGCUGAUGUGGCUGGAUAUCAAAGAGGAGCAGAAUUUAUAUCUCUGAUCCAUUGCUGAUGGCGGGACUGCUUUUGCCACAGAUGGAUCUAUGGUGGAUUUAGUCUAUUUAUCGAAAUGUCCUGCAUAGGGCUUAUUUUUGGACUGAAUGGGCUUUCUCGCAUUCAGGAUGUCUCACAGGAGGAAAAAAUGGCUGACACCUGAUCACCUUUUAUCUUCUUUUUUUUGUCUUCAGAGAUCCAAUCAGCCUAUGAUAAUCACAGACUUUGAAUCCUAAGCACAGGAAGGACUGAAGGAGAAGAAAAACGAGAGGGAAAUUACCAUGAGAGCUAUCGCUGGGAGACAAAUCGUAACACAAAAUCUACAUUAAGAGACUUAAAGGGACGUGACUAUGUACAAUUACAUAGAUUUCAUGUCCAUUUGCAGCUAAUGGGUCAAUAGACUAACUUUUUUUGGUGUUCAGGGAGAUUGUUUAUUGGGUACUGUGCUGGUGAAAACUAUUUGAUCAUCUUUUAAUGCUUUGCUACACUUCAUCUCCACAUGGCAACCCACUGCCUGACUUUUGGUGAUUCAACACUCAUUUACAAGCAGCCCAGUCUUGUGUUUUUUUUCAACCCAUCUACCUCUCCCAAUAGCAUGCCGCACUUGUCAAUAUAUUCCCAGAACAAAGGAGUUAUCAUUACUGUCACAAACCUGCCAUAACUUUUCCCCUACCAAAUAUACAAAUGAGUCAUGCAAAUGUUAAGCAUAUGUUUACACACAAUCCCAGCUCUGCAAGUUUUCUGCUACCUGUUUUGGAGAGUGGCACCACUAACAUGCGUCACAUGGCUCUUUUUCUUUGAAGUUUGUUCUAUACUGUGCAAUUGUGUCCAUCACAAGAGUUACGGAGGAAAAAUAGGCCAAAUACAGUGAUAAUGCAAGCGCAACUAUGGCAACAAAAUCAAUGUGGGACUCAGAGAUGCAUUGUUGUCAUGUCUGCUGGCUAAAGCUCACACUGUUCCUGUCAAUUUGCAUUAAUAACCUGACUCACCGCCAGCAAUUUGCAACACUGGCAUCCCAAAUUGUUAACACUAUUCUUUAGAGUACUUUAUUUUCUGUACAACACACAAAAACACCACUAAUUGUAAGCCUGAUAUUUUCUCUGUCAUAGUUUGCAAAAGUCUUGUUUGUUGAAGACAUUUCACCUUUCGUCCAGAAGGUUUGUCAGUUCUGAACCUAAGGAAUGGAGUUUUCUUAUUUAUAUCUCUGGUGGGUGUGCUCCCUAGGGCUGGUCACAGUAGGGUUGCUGAUGUUCUCUGACAUGGCUAGAGAACAACUGUGUUGCAUACCAAUAGGUUGUUACGCCUGCUGGCGUAACAACUCGCUAGUGAACACCAGGAACAUUAACAGCCCUUAAGUUUAAAACUAAAUAAACUUUUUAGACAAAAGGCUAAACUUAUUCAACAUACAGGAAGACUCCAGUUACCUCGAUUCAACUUUUGCAGAUAUCCAUUAGCUGGAUGACAGAGAAUAUACACAGACACAUUCUUCGUAGUAGCCACAACUCAAUGUUCAAUCAAGUAGUGCAGAGCUGCUCUGCCGACUUUUGUGGGAGACUUCCAAUAACUGCCCUUGUGUCCAGACACCCUGAGUGAAGCUAAAAAUCUCCUGGAUUGUGGUGUUUUUGUGUGGAUAUAAAAUAUUGUACCGUCUGCCUGGAUGUUGAAAGGAUGCCAAGGCAUUAAAGCCCAAACAUACUCAAAUGCAAUGUACACGGAACGUUGUCCGCAGAGGUCCACGCAUAAUCAAAACAGACGUCCGCCAGACCUAUGCUGUGUGCGAAGUUCAAAUUUUCUGACUAUGCUGUGCGUAGUCCUGUCACACAUAGCAUUGCCUGGAGUUUUUUAUUUAUUUAUUUUUUUACAUCAACCCACUUUGUGUGACACCGAUCAGGCAACUAUAUGAAUGAAAUGUUUACACGACUCACUGAGACAAUUUCCGACAGUUGAUGUGCCUAGUGAGUAGUUUCUGGUUUCAACACUUACUCCCUCUCCUCCUUCCUUUGCUUUGCCUCCAUCGUUUGCGCAGCCUGUAGACAUUCAUGGCCUCACAGACAGUUGGAAAUUAAAUAACUCUUACGUCUUA